AUGGCGCAGGACCCGAGUGAUGGAAUUGAUCAGGAGCUGCUGAAUCACGCUCACCUCAUUUCUGCCAACCACUAUGCCGACCAGGCACGCGUCGAUCUGAAUCAAGUCACAAAAUGGCUGAUGGCUGCACCCCAAGUUGCGAAAGACAAGGCUCCGUUCUUCUGGACCUACCUCGAUCGACCCCGCGACGGCCAAGUAUAUCUCACAUGGCAACCCCUCAAGCGGCUCGGAACAAAUUUCGCGAGUGAUGGGAUGAUCUGGGGCCCAGAGCAAUACCACAGACAGGAUGUUGGAAAUGGACUGUCUCUCGAGAUUCACUACGUCAAGUCUGGAUUCGUUCCGGGUGAGCAGGUUGCCAUGCAUGCUCGUCGUAGAUUCCGUCUUGUGCCAUCGCAGACAGGCGUGAUGAAUGCGCCGCAGCCUGAUAUUAGUCUCUGGAUUGUGCACUAUGGUCCUUCAGACCCUCCCGAUCGCGUUCCGGUCAACCUGAUCCCCGUUUCGCAAGAAACGCAGCACAUCAUGGCAACCCGCAACCAUCUCCAGAAGUGCGGCCAGAUUGCCCGCAAGGAUUUUAUGCUCUCGGAUCGCGCCAGCUGGCCCCAAAUCCAGUUCCCCCGCAACGGUGGGCGACCACAGAUGUACAACCCACCAGCGCAGUCGCGGCGUGUCCCGCAGCAGAUGGCCUAUCCUCCCACUGGUCCUCAGGGUCGCCGUGGCCGCCAACAAGCACAGGUGCAGGCUCAAGCCCAGCAGCAUCAACAAGCUCUCGCUCAUGCUGAGGCUUUGCACGACGAUGAGGAACUGGAGAAGGAUCUCUUUGACCACCUGACCCCUAGAGAUAUCUCCUUCGCGCGAUACCAGCAAAACCAUGAGUGGAUGGAGGAGAUUGUGUCUUCUCCUUACGGCCUAAGCCAGAUCGCACCUCCUGAUCUUGGCCUUGGGCUCAAGGGAGAGUUGGCGUCUCUGACUGACGGCAUCUUCUCUGCACAGAGUGCGAAUGCGCUCACUGAACCACCUCAGAAGCCGUACAUUGGGCGCCUAGAGCCCGGGCUGGCUGAUGAGUUUAGGAAGAGAGUCCAGGAGCAUCUUGAGGCAACAAAGGCCGAAAUGGAAAGGAUGAAGGCGGAACAUGCGAAGAACCUGGCUAGCCUGAAGGCGAGCUCGGUAUUUGUGGACGCCGAGAAGGAUGUCAAGAACUCUGUCCAGGAGCAUGGUCCAGAGCCAUGGCGCAUCGAGGGCCACUCCACAGAAUCAGACGAUAACGCUGGCUCAUGGUCACAAAAACACAACAAGAAGGUUGACGAGAUUGUCGCUCAGGUCGAAGCUAACCUCGGCCGACAAAUUGAAGUCCUUCAUAACGUACACCGGAUACAAGACGGUGGAUUCCAGGAGCCCGCUCCGGAGCCCGUCAAGGAGCCUUCGCCCGUCCCGCCGCCGGCAAGCUCUCCAGCGCCAGCAGCCGGCGCCGAUGCAGGUGCUUCGGGAUCGCGACGACCAUCCCAGGCUGGCUCUACCCAUAGCGGGGUGAUGGUUGGCGAUUCAGACAUCGACAUGGGCGGUACUGCGGCAGGACUCUUGGAUGAGAUGCACACCGGAUUCUCUGCCAACUCCACUCCACUGAACAACUUCCCUACGCCUCAAACUCACGUGUCUGCUCUAAACUCAACGGCCGGAACCCCAGCCAACGCGAACGCUCCCUCGCCUGCGCCAGUUCCUCCGACCAUCCCCGAGGAGACUGAGGCUCAGGCUUCUACUGGCGCUUCUGCUGGCCCGGGAGAGGAUGUUACGAUGGGCAACACAGAGUCUACCAAGGAUACUUCUGCCACUGCGCCUGAUCAGGGGACUGGCAGCGGGGAGUGGGUGGUCGUGCCUAAGGGAGGUACGUCACCCGACCCCGCUGCUGCUGCCGGCACCGGCGCGACCGAGGGUGAUGAACCCAAGCCAGCUGCCAAAGCAUCAUCCGCUGCCGGAACGCCAGCGGAGACCCAAACUCCUGGCGGCUUCAGUUCUCUGGGUGACCUCGACUCGGCGGGUGACGCGAUGGCUAGUUAUGGAGCAUCCAUAGGAGACGGCCUGGACAUGAACAUGGAAAUGGAGGAUUCUGCCUUCGGCGAUGCUUUCCACGGUGUAUCUAGUACCAACACGCCAGGAAACCAGUCCGAGGGUGGUGCCUAA